AUGACCACCUCCGGCCUCACAACCGAACAACUCACUUCCUUCCACCAAAACGGCUACCUCAUCAUCCGCAACGCCCUCCACCCCUCAACCGUAACAUCCCUCCUCAACGAGACAAACUCCCUCCUCACCAACUUCCCCCUCGCAGACCACCCCCUCACACGCUUCUCAACCGGCGAAAAGACAGACCACGUAGGCGACGAAUACUUCCUCACGUCCGGCGACAAAAUCCGCUUCUUCUUCGAGGAAGACGCCUUCGACUCCGCCGGCAACCUCACAAAGCCCAAGGAGAAAGCCGUCAACAAAAUCGGCCACGGGCUGCACACCCAGUCCGCCCCCUUCGCACACCUUAUCGAUGGCCCCGCGCUCAGACAAGCAGGCGAAGUGAGUCCCGCGGAUGUAGCCCGAUCACUGGGCUACAAGGACCCGCGGUGUCUGCAGAGCAUGGUGAUUUGCAAGCAGCCCGAGAUAGGGGGCGCGGUGCCGCCGCACCAGGACUCGACGUUCUUGUAUACGGAUCCGCCUAGUGCGACGGGGUUCUGGUACGCGCUGGAGGAUGCGACGCUGGAGAAUGGGUGUUUGAGUUUUCUGCCUGGGUCGCAUAGGUGGGCGGCGGUUGAGAAGAGACUUGUUCGGAAGGAGGGCGGUGUUGGGACUGAGAUGGUUGAUAAUACGGGGAGGAGGUUUCUGGGGGAGGCGGGGGUUCGUGGGGAUGUGGACGGCGAGUAUGUGCCUGGGGAGGUGAAGGCGGGUGAUUUGGUGUUGAUACAUGGGAAUUUGUUGCACAAGAGUGAGAGGAAUACGAGUUUGAAGGGAAGAAUUAUUUACACGUUUCAUAUUAUCGAGGCGGAGGGUACGGAGUACGAUGGCCGGAAUUGGUUGCAACCGCCUGAGGGGGGGUUCACAAAGCUGUACUCGUAG